UAUGUGAUUAGAUUUGAUAAAUAAAAAUUUAAAAGGUGCAUUGGAUGCAGUUUACCAAUAAGCUAUUAUGAAAAUAUACACAAUUAAUAAGGAUUUGUACGUGUGAUAUAGUAUUAUUUAAAAGUUGGCUAAACCUCGAUCUGCAGUGCCAGCUAAGAUAAGAGAAAGUACACGAUUUUACCCCUACUUUAAGGAUUGCAUUGGAGCUAUUGAUGGUAGACAUAUUCCAGCCAUGGUAAAAGGACGUGAUGUAAGCAGCUACCGCAAUCGUCAUGGAAAGAUAUCACAAAAUGUAUUAGCAGCAUGUAACUUUGAUUUGGAGUUCAUAUACGUGCUCAGUGGAUGGGAAGGUUCAGCUCAUGAUUCAAAAGUGUUAAAUGAUGCUUUAUCUAAAUAUUUCUUAGUGGAUUGUGGAUUUCCAAAUCGACGUCAAUUUUUAGCUCCAUUUCGAGGUGUACGAUAUCAUCUCCAAGAUUUUGCUGGUCAAGGUCGUGACCCCGAAAACGCAACUGAGUUGUUCAAUCUUCGCCAUGCUUCCUUGAGGAAUGUAAUUGAGAGGAUAUUUGGGAUAUUUAAAUCAAGAUUCACAAUUUUCAAGUCAGCACCUCCAUUCCCAUAUAGGACUCAAGUAGAGCUUGUGUUAGCUUGUGCAGGACUACAUAAUUUUCUUUGUAGGGAAUGUCGUUCUGAUGAAUUUCCUAUUGAACUAGAGAACGAGUCUUCAUCAUCUUCAUCAUUACCAGGGAAUGAAGGAGAUAAUGUGGAACAAGUUUUUGAAACUCAAGAACAACAACGAGAGAAUGCUAAUGAAUGGAGAGUUGGUAUAGCUUCUGACAUGUGGAGAAAUGCCAUGCAAGAUAAUAACGGAACUCAACGGUAAUGAGCAUUGGAAUUUUCAAAAGGAAUUUGUAUUAUGGUUUAUUCACCGUCAUUGAAAUGAA